UAGUGCAUUGUGGGCGAAUCCCGCUAGCGGAGCCUCCUCCUCCUCCUCCCUUCUGCCGCCGCGGACCCAUCCCGAGGCCGGUGCGGGAGGGGGGAGGAUGCUCCCCGGGCGGCCCCCACAGGAGGAGGCAGCUUCCCAGACGGUCCCAGGCAGGGCAGGGAGCCACGCGCCGGUGCCGCACUGACUGAGGGCAGCUGGUAGAGGAUGCACCACCCUCGCCAACGGCUGCGGCAAGGACCAGAGCUUGAAUCCUGUGAUGUAAGAAAUUUCUAAGGGGAAAGCCUUUCCUGAGUUCAAUGAGAAGCAGACAUCCCAGAGGAUAGGAGGCCAAACAGCAGAGGCUUCCUGAGGUGAGGAUGUAUCCUGAAAUAACCUGGGAUACUGCAGUUCUCCAGCACAAAGCACUUUAAAGUGUUUCACAGGACCUUUAGUAAGAUGAUAAAUGGCUCAUUUAAAUUGGGAGCUGCUACUAAACUAUUUUCUGGCUGGCAGAUGCAGUGCCUAGCAGCUGCUAUCAAAGACGAACCAAACAUGAGCGGAGGAGGGGAACAGGUUGACAUUUUGCCGGCUAACUAUGUGGUAAAGGACCGUUGGAAAGUGUUGAAGAAGAUUGGUGGUGGUGGCUUUGGUGAGAUUUAUGAAGCAAUGGAUCUUUUAACUCGGGAGAAUGUAGCUCUGAAGGUUGAGUCAGCUCAGCAACCAAAGCAAGUCCUCAAGAUGGAGGUGGCUGUUCUAAAAAAACUACAAGGUAAAGAUCAUGUUUGCAGAUUUAUUGGCUGUGGAAGGAAUGAGAAGUUUAACUAUGUUGUUAUGCAACUUCAGGGCCGGAAUCUUGCAGACCUCAGAAGAAGCCAGCCUCGAGGAACUUUUACACUGAGCACAACUCUUCGAUUAGGCAAGCAGAUCUUAGAAUCCAUAGAAGCCAUUCACUCAGUGGGAUUCUUGCAUCGAGAUAUCAAGCCUUCUAAUUUUGCCAUGGGACGCCUGCCUUCAACCUACAGGAAAUGUUAUAUGUUAGACUUUGGUCUGGCCCGGCAGUAUACCAAUACUAAUGGUGAAGUCCGACCUCCUCGCAAUGUUGCUGGCUUCCGGGGAACAGUCCGGUAUGCGUCAGUGAAUGCACAUAAAAAUAGAGAAAUGGGCCGACAUGAUGAUCUGUGGUCCCUUUUUUACAUGCUGGUAGAGUUUGCUGUUGGUCAACUUCCAUGGCGCAAGAUUAAAGAUAAGGAACAAGUUGGUAUGAUUAAGGAGAAAUAUGAACAUCGAAUGCUGCUAAAACAUAUGCCUUCUGAGUUCCACCUUUUUCUGGAUCACAUUGCAAAUCUGGAUUAUUUCACCAAACCAGAUUAUCAGCUGAUCAUGACUGUGUUUGAAAAUAGCAUGAAGGAAAGGGGAAUUACUGAGAAUGAGGCCUUUGACUGGGAGAAAGCUGGUACAGAUAUUUUAUUAUCUACAAGUACAUCCACCCCACCUCAGCAGAAUACAAGGCAAACUGCAGCCAUGUUUGGUGUGGUUAAUAUCACUCCAAUUCCUGGAGAUUUACUUCGCGAGAACACAGAGGAUGUUUUGCAAGGAGAACACCUGAGUGACCAAGAGAAUGCACCCCCAAUUUUAUCUGUCCGGCCAACAGAAAAUAACUUAGGGCAGGCUCCAAAUGUUCCCUUCAAUGAAGGAGAAGUUUGGGAAGAGACUGAUGUAAAUCGCAACAAACUCAGGAUCAGCAUCAGCAAAACGCAGUGUUUAGCAGAAGAAGAUCAGAAAAGUGGUGUAUGCCCCAUCUCCCCAGUGCGAGCAGUGCCAGACUCCCCUACAACCCAAGCACGUUCUCUGAGAUACCGCCGUGUGAAUAGUCCUGAGUCGGAACGCCUCUCCACUGCUGAUGGAAAAGUUGAUCAGCAUGAACGAAGAUCCCGAGUAGAUUUACCUUGUUCUCCUUCCCGGCUUGUAUGCUCUUCUCAACCAGCACAGAUGCUUUCUAUUGAGACUGGUCAGGUAGACCGACAGGCAAGUGGCAGGAUGGAUGUAUCUGCUUCUGUGGAGCAUGAAGCUCUCAGUAAUGCUUUCCGAUCAGUGCCCCUGGCUGAGGAGGAGGACUUUGACAGCAAAGAGUGGGUUAUAAUUGAUAAAGAGACAGAACUGAAGGACUUCCAUCCUGGCGCUGAACCAAGCACAUCUGGGACAACAGAUGAGGAACCUGAGGAACUAAAGCCCAUAGAAGAAGGAGACGAAAGGAGGCAAUUGGGUGCAGAAGCAGCAGUCAGGCCCAAAAUACAUGAUGGGCGAGUCCGAGGUAUGCAGCCUGUGGCUGAGGAGGACAGUUCCCACAGAAAUGAAAUGCAGUGCCACACAGUUUCUGAGAGUAAACAUGAGCAACAACCAGGAAGCCCAUCACAGUCCCCCUUAUAUUCAGCACCAGCUAUCCGGCAGCGGAGACGAGAAUCUGAGCCAAUGGGUCCCGAGAGACAGGUAUUCCCACUGAAACCUUUUGAAAUGAAUGGUCUCCCCAGGGUGGUGCCUUUAAAUUUGCCUUACCAAGAUUUCAAAAGGGAUGUAUCAGAAAAUAGGGAAAGAUCCAAAAUUCUCCAACGAAUAAAAAAAGUGGAUUUCUCAAAUGUUGUCUUAACUGCCCCUUGUAAACCACCUAAUGCUCAUCUUCAACUGGCAAAUGGCAGAUACAAAGAAAAAAGGGAGGAAAAAGAAGAGGAGGAAGAGGAAGAGGAUGAUGAUGAUGAUGAUGAAGAACUUGAUAAUUUAGGGGAAGAACUUGAUUUGCAGAGUGAGACAAGCAGUGAAGUGAGUCAAAAAAGUACUGAGCGUAGUCAGGAAGGUGCUCCAUCCACUCUUUUAGCAGAUGACCAGAAGGAAUCCAAGGGUCGAGCAUCAGCUGCCGAAGGAGACUUGGAACUUGAGGAAGGCUCAAAAACAUUAGUUCUUUUUUCACCAGGUGACCUGAAAAAGUCUCCUGUGAAUACAGACUUGGCUCCUGAUGCUGAUCUUGGAACUCUUGCUGCACUGACUCCUCAAAGUGAGAAACCUCAGCCUAUGGGAAGCCAGCUUGAUGUAUCUGAGCCAGGAACAUUGUCUUCCAUCCUCAAGUCUGAACCAAAGCCUCCUAUGUCUGUGGCCACAACCUCCUCCCCUUUUACUAAAGUUGAACGCACAUUUGUCCAUAUUGCCGAAAAGACACAUCUAAACAUCAUGUCUUCCAGUGGCCAGCUUAUGAGGCACGAGGAAUACUCUAAUACAGGGCAGUUUGAAGAGGUAAUCGUUGAGGAAGAAUUAGAGGAAAAUCAGGUACUGAUAGAAAAUGGGAGUGUGAAUUCAGCCUUGGAAGGGGGAGAAAUGGAAAGUUGUGCUUUCUCAGUGAAUCAUAUUGAAACCACCUCUGAAGCUGCAGGGGAACUGGUAUUCCUGAAUGGUGUUAAAAUGGGAGAAGAAGAGGAGCUAGAACUUAAGGGCAAACUUAUUCCCGAGUCAGAUGUGGAAGAAGAUAGUAAGUUGAUUUCAGAAGAACCUGGCCUUGAUAAUAAAACCCUUGCAAAUGAAUCCCUUAGACAAGCAGAGUUGCUUCCACAUAUUCAAGCAGAAACUUCCAAAAAGCCACUGAAUGUAAGGUAUAGAAGCCGGAUUCCUGUCUUGCUGUCUGAAGAAGACACUGGAUCAGAUGUUUCAGCUUCACACUCUGGCAAAGAAAGGCUAUACAAGAGACUGAAACAGCAGGAUUUGGCCCGCCUGGUGAUGGAGAAAAGGCAAAGCCAUCUGUUCAGGUUAGCUUCUGGAGCUUCAUCUUCUGCUUCCUCUAGUGAUGAGAGGCAGCGGGUUUCAGAAACCUUGUCGGCCACUGGUUCUGAGGAAGAUACUCAUGAUUCAGAUGAUUUCACCCCAAGGAAGAUUGGAAAUCAGGAGAGAAUUUCCCUGGUAAAGAUGGAGGAGAGAAGUUUAAAUAUAAGGAGCAGAAUCCCUCGCCCCAUUGUACCUGUAAAGCCACCUGUGAUAGAACUAAAAUAUGGGAGCCCUUCCGCCCUUCCGCCAGCAGCACCAAGUAGAAGUACCGGUGAUGCAGCUGGGUCCAUAAGGAUUCAGGGGCAAAGGCCAUUUGUGAACAUAUCUGGUGAUCCCCGGAUGAAAGCUACCCCAACUCCUGCUACCCCUUCCUUGAAGAGCAGCCCAAGGAAAGCCUCCCAUCUUCCAGCUAGAAGCCCUGUUCUCCCUCCACGAAACCUCAGUGCUUCCCCCAAAGGCCAAUCCCUAUCCAGAAAGGAAAGCCCAUCACCAUCUCGACCGCAUAGGCCUGGGACUACAUUUCCUCCAUGGGCUCAGUCUUCUCCCAAAGCUCCAUCCAGGGCUCAGGCUAUAGGCCUAUUGGGAGAUAUUCCUGUGUCACCAGGUAUGCUCAGAAAAGGACCAAAAGGGAAAACCCAUACUCCAGGAACCAAAGGAAAACAGGUAUUCCAAGAAGGCAAGUCUACUGCUAGAUAAUGAUCUGCUGCUGCCAGUCCAUUAGACCUACCGACCUACCAUCUUGCCAGGCUGGAAAAACCUCUGCGUAUAAUAUACACUCGAGAUGCCGCAGCACAGCCUUAUGUGUCGGAAAUAUAUGCAUAUAGCAGCUAGUUGUACUUCAGUGCUUCACUUGCCCACACAUGCCCAUGCCGUCUCAAUCCCAGCUCUCUCUCUGGCUGAGAGCCUCCUGGCCAGCUCAUGCUUGCUUUUGCCGGUCACCAAGCAACAACUCAGGCAGCCUGCCUAGUGCCUGAUAUUCUUUCCUUCAUCCUCAUUUCUUUAGUUUCUCGGUUAGCAACACUACAGAACCCUGAGAGAUUGCUAGGAGAGAUGGCUUUUUAUAGCACACAUCAGCCCCAGUCAGUGGAGAAAUUAAAAGGGCUGCACAGAACCUGAAAGAGAAAUCUCGGCGUGAGCUUCUCGGUGGUCUAGAUGUAUUGAUGUCCCUGUUUGGCAUCCACUCUCUCUCUGAGCCUACUUUUGUGUAGCUCUGGCAAUGCUGGUGUAUUAAUAGAAAGAAAGUCACAAUCAGACCCCUUAAUUGCUAUCCUGCCUAUAGUUAUAUGAAGAGUCAAUAACAGCCAAGGGGAGAGAAGCUGUACCUUUGCAGCUUCUUUUGGAUGCAUAGCAUCCCGUAGCAGCAGUCCUCAGAAGGCUGCUAAAGAGAAGUGUUAGGUUUAUUGAGACAACCUGUUCCAGAUUGCUCUGAAGUAGAGAGGCAUCAGUUUUUCCCCUUCGGCAUUAUGUCCAUAAGCUAAUAUCCACCAGAAGUAGUGUUUUGUGUAAAGGCAGCAGUGAAAGGUUCUCAGGGAGCUCUACAUGAUCUCUUUAUUGGUAAAAACAGUGCAAAAGUGCAAAGAAAAGAGCUAAAGCCUAAAUAAUGACCUAGGGAACCAAUAGGGCUCCACUCUAUGGUAUUUUUUUCAAAAUCCAAAUAUAAGGCAUUUUAAAACAUGGACUGCCUCUCCUUCUAGGAUAUGUUGGACAUGCAGUUUUUAAUUUUUAUGUUUUUUUUUAAAACAGGCUUUCCAUUUCUAAAUGCCUUGCAAUGAUAGUACCUGCUUAUUCUAGAAAUUCAGCUGCCAGACAAUCAUUGGUGUUUGGCACCUCUCAAAUUAUUUGGUUUUCAACCUGGCGCUUGAUAAAUCUCGAUAAAGCUUUUGAAGCUGGCUAAUUUGGGGGAUACCCCUCCCUUCAUGGUACCCCCUCCCUUCUGUGCGCUGGCCUGAAAAGUUAUAUGAACUUGCCAUUACGAUCAGGAAACACAUUAUAACUAAGUACUUAUAUCUAAGAAUCUAGCUUUAGAUAUGGAGACUUGCAAAAAAAAAAGGAAAUAUAUGAAUGCUUGGCUCUUGUAAUAGUAGUGAAUAAUAUUCUCCCACCAUCUAUGUGAAUCUGUAAAUUGCAAUGAUAAAAAGUAAGAAGUGAAGGAUUUGAGCAGAUCAGGCUAAUUUAUUAUUAAUUCUAGAUAUUCUUGUUUUCUUUUCACCUUACAACUGUCAAGCAGAGCUAUAUGAAGUAUGAAUGGAAUUUGUUUCCAUUCAUUUCUUUAAACUAAUUUUUUGUUGCUGUGUAAACUUAAUAAAAUGACACUUGCAACUUCUUAGUAAGAGAUAAAUAGAUUCUGGCUAUUCAAUAUUACUACUUUUCUUGGUGGGAAUUUGGGACUCGAUUGGCAGUUAAAGGAAAAUAUCUGUGAUAAUUAUUUUAUCAAUAGAUAAUCAAGGCCCAAGAUUACCAGUGAAUGUUCUUGCAUCAAAGAGAUGUUGACUAUUUUUGAUAUUGUAUUAGAAGGUGACCUUAAAAAAAGAUAAUAUACUGUUAAUCUCAUGCCCAUCUUUUCAACGGAGGAUAAUUUGAGAAUGUCUAGAAUACCCUAUUUAAUCAAUAGAAUAAUUGUUAUGACAUACACCUGAGGAACCAUGGGGCUUGUGGUUCUAUGAGAGGAUUAUUAAGGCUUAGAGCAGAAUUCCAGGACAGGGCUAAGAGCAUAGAAUAACAGAGUUGGAAGGGACCUUGGAGGUCUUCUAGUCCAACCCCCUGCCCAGGCAGGAAACCCUGCCCACCACUUCAGACAAUGGUUAUCCAACAUCUUUUUUAAAAUUCCCAGUGCUGGAGGCAAGUUGUUCCACUGAUUAAUUGUUCUAACUGUCAAGAAAUUUCUCCUUAGUUCUAAAUUGCUUCUCUCCUUGAUUAAUUUCCACCCAUUGCUUCUUGUUCUACCCUCAGGUGCUUUGGAGAAUAGCUUGACUCCCUCUUCUUUGUGGCAACCCCUGAGAUAUUGGAAUAUAUUGGAAUAUAUAGCAAUAUAAGCCACAAGUCUUUGUUUUGGUAAGAUCAUGUUGAUGAAACAACAAAGAAACAACAAUAGAAACAACUCAGAUUAUUUUUUUGAUACAUUAGUUGGUACUACAGUGUGAUUUUAGUUGAGACACAAUUGCAAUGAGGUUUUGAUAAGAAACACUAUGAUUUUACAAUAUUUCUUUCCUUUUUAAUAUAUAUCUAUGUUUUUCCUUUUGCCUCAUAACAUCCAGACUUUUCUGUUCUGCAACUCUAGGAACCCAUAGUAAGCAAGAGCCUCCCAGUCAUACUUCAGGCUAUUCCUAGCUUCCAAGGCCACAAGGGUGAUAGUGUUUGUCAUGCCUCUUUGAAUAAUUUCUGCUUUUUAUUUCUUUGUUUGUUUAAAUGUUUACACAAAUAAUUCUAUCCUCCCCAUUUCUUUCAUUAACUUUCCCACCUGCCCUCAUUAAAAACCUCUUUUCUCAGUCCUCCACUAGAUAUUCUCACAUCCUAGUGGAAAGGGGCUGAGUUUCAUGGCAGAACACACGUCUUGCAUAUUGUUGUUGUUGUUAGUCACAAAGUUGUGUCUGACCCAUUGUGACCCCAUGGACAACAUUCCUCCAGGCCUUCCUGUCCUCUACCAACCCCCAGAGUCCAUUUAAGCUCACGCCUAAUGCUUCAGUGACUCCAUCCAGCCACCUCAUUCUCUGUUGUCCCCUUCUUCUUUUGCCCUCAAUCGUUCCCAACAUUAGGCUCUUCUCCAGUGAGUCCUUCCUUCUCAUUAGGUGGUCAAAGUAUUUGAGUUUCAUCUUCAGAAUCUGGCCUUCUAAAGAGCAGUCAGGUUGAUCUCCUCUAGGACUGAUCGGUUUGAUUGCCUUGCAGUCCAAGGGACUCGGAGGAAUCUUCUCCAGCACCAUAGUUCAAAGGCCUCAAUUCUUUGAUGCUCAGCCUUUCUUAUGGUCCAACUUUCACAGCCAUACAUUGUAACUGGGAAAACCAUAGCCUUGAGUAUACGCACCUUUGUUGGCAGGGUGAUGUCUGCUUUUUAGUAUGCUGUCUAGGUUUGCCAUAGCUUUCCUCCCCAGGAUGAAGCGUCUUUUAAUUUCUUGGCUGUAGUCCCCAUCUGCGGUGAUCUUGGAGUCCAGGAAAAUAAAAUCUGUCACUACCUCCAUUUCUUCCUCAUCUAUUUGCCAGGAAUCAAGAGGCAUGAUUUUAGUUUUCUUAAUAUAGAUUAAGUCUUGCAUAUAGAUAGGCCCAAUCUACUUGAAUGAAGUUUUUUUUACUUGAAUGUAUUCGAGAGAUAGAAAAGAGUAAGAUCCCUGACUGGGACCCAGCAUGACCCUUGUGAAUCUGGAUGAAUAUUAAUGGUAGAUGGACAAAUGAUCUUAUUUGCAGGAUGCCUAGAUAUAUCUGAAAAAGCAGGAAAGUAGUGAGCAUCUCGUGAGCCAUAAGAACAUCUAAUCUAACCUGGUUUUUUUCCUUGGUAAUAAACAAGACUGCCUUAGAAUCUGGCCAGACUUUGCCAGUUGGGAACCACUGAUAGAAGCUGAAUUAGUGGAUUUCAUCCAGGAUUUGAGGGGACAAUUAUAAAUAAUAUAAUAAUUAUAUUAUUUAUAAUAUAGUCAUCAGUAGCCCCCUUUGAGAUGUAGGAGCAUUUAAAUUAUAAAGCUUAUGUUGAUAGAAUUUAUUAUUCUGACAGCUAUUUGAGAUUAAUAUUAUUGAAUAUCUUAUAUAUAUGUUGGGAUUUGUAUCUGAAGAGAAGACUGGGCCAUUUUAUUGAGCUUGGCCAUAUUGCUCUCCAAAGACAUUGUUAGGCAUAGAACAUCUUGGCCUAUUCAAUUCUAGACCUCACAUGUAAAAUAGGGAUGUGCCAAUAGCAUUGGAAAAUAGCUGUCAAUCAUCUUGGUCAUCCUUUGUGCUUGGUAGUAAAAGAAUAAAAAGUGGGAAGCCUAAAAGUGCUAUCUACAACAUUGAUUGAUUACUUCAAGAGACUCACUACUUUAAACCUUUGUUUUUAUAUAAGCAAAGAAUGAUGGGGCAAGAAUAUCAUGACCCAGUCCAUCAUUCCUCCUUUUAUGUUUAUUUGUUUUUUGUUUUUUUUAAAAAAACAUACAUACAUUGGCUUCACUCACAUAUUGUGCUAAGUCAUAAUAUGGUUUGCUUGUUUGUGUUACUUCUGUGAACCCAGCCACUAAGGUCAGUGAACAAUAAUUUGUUGUUCAGCACAAUAUAUGAAACCAGCCAACCGAUAUAUGCACUCAUUCAUCUGUGAAAGCCUGAAUCCUUCCCAUCAAUUCAGAAACUUAGAUUUUAUUCAAGAAAAAAUGAAUAGGUAUAAACUCUUCUCUGCGUCUGUGCCAGCUAAUUCUUAUCCCAAAAUCAAGAUGCUAUGUAAACAUUAGGUACAAAUCUGAGCACAAGCCUGGACAAAGGAGGCUUUUUCCUUCCCCUUCUGGUCAGUUUUUCAGAAUGUUAUCCCUGUGAUUUUUUUGACCAUAUGAGAAAUGGGAUGUGGCGUAUAGAAGGUUCCUGUAUAUGUUCCCGAUUCCAGUAAGAAAAACAGUUCAAAAAGAAACUGUUUUAGCCUAAAAACAGAAUUAGCAGUCUUUCUCACCCUCUUCCUCUUCCUCCUCCUCCCCCUCCCCCUCCUCCUCUGUACCCCAAAUGUAGAAAGGGAAGAAAGACCUGCACAUUACUUUUUGCUUGAACCUGUGGCUGUAAGUUCUUGGACAUAGAACAUUUUGACAUAUUAUGUCCUAGACCUCACGAUGUAGGAGGCAGGGAGGCAUUCAGUCUACUCAUACACAGCCACAAUUCAGUCCUGCCCUCCUCCAUGCAAUAGAAUAAUAAUAUUACUUUCUGGUUUAAUCCAGAAUUAAUAGCUAUUCUGUCUAGAGAUGCCCGUGGUCAAGCAUUACUCAUUGUAAAUGAAAUAGUUACUGUUUAGGAGACCUAAAUUAUUUUAAUUGGGUGAUAUGUGGUAAGCAGAUCUGUUCUAUUGGUAUACAACUCUAAUUCUUAAAUAUGUCAUAUAUCAGUGUAUAUGUAUAGCAAUACUGGAAGAGCAAGAAAGUUUUAAUCUGCCCUCCAAAUAGUAUUAGUGUUGGGCACAAACAUGUUAUACCUCUUGGCACAUAAAAAGAAACGAAGUACAGAAUCAAUAGCAUGUACUGUAUGCUGUAAAUAUAAUUAUCGUGCAGGAUGAGGAACUGUGGGAAUCAAUAUUCCUCUAAGACAUUUGUACAUAUUUACUUGAAUAUGUAUCAAGCAUAAAUGUUGAUCAUGGGCAGAAAAAAGGCAGCAUAGAGACAAAUAAUAUUACUUUCAUUUGCAACAAAUAAUAUUGCUGUUGUAGCAGCAAGCCUGAGCUGUAUUCAGCUUUAGUCCUUGGUGGUGAUUGAGACAGCUGUGAAUCUUGAUGGAACGAGUGCUUUGUUUCAGAGAUCCAAAUAAUACUCCAUCAGGACUAUUAUCAAAACUCCAGGUCAAAAACGAGAUUUCAUGGAUUGCUAGUUGCUCAUGUUACCUAUGGUGCCAUGCAAUACGGUAAGCAAGCAUCACUCUAAAGCAGUGGUGGGAUUCAAGUAAUUUAACAACCGGUUCUCUGCCCUAAUGAUUUCUUCCAACAACCAGUUUGCCAAACUACUCAGAAAGUUAACAACCGGUUCUCCCGAAGUGGUGCGAACUGGUUGAAUCCCACCACUGCUCUAAAGUAAAAAAAGCACUUAUAUUUCUUCUUAGGGUUACAGAUUGUUACAUCUACAGUACUUCAUUGUGUCCUUUGAAUCCUGAAUACUGUUUUUUUUUUAUGUCCUCAAGAAUUCAUAGUUCCUUCAUAUUUCCUUUUAUAGUAUUUUGCUUAUAAUUGCUGACUCUGAUAUAUUUUUUUUUGCCCAGAACCUGAACAUAUGAGACAGCUCCAAUUAAUCUAUUUCCUUAACAUCAUAGUACAUUAUGCAUUCAGCCCAUUCAUUUUUCAGAGCUAGUACAAUGAUAUUAAUUACAGAGGACAAGCUGUGAUUAUUGCUCCUAAGUACUUGUAUUUUAGACCUGUUGAUUGAUGCUACACUUUUCUAUUACAUUUAUAAUAAAUUAAAUUGGUAUAUUAUCUAGGGAUGGUGGGAUCCCUGUUAAUGUUAUCUACACAGGUUUAUAGUGCAGCCUCAUUUUUUACACUAUUUAGUGCAUUUCUAGCCUGGCUUUUGGGACCAAGUCUUUGCCAGGUAACCUAUAUUACAAGUGCAUGUUUUUUUUUAAAUGAACAGAUAUAAUAGAUCAAACAUGCAUACAUGAAUAAUUCUGGUAUUAAUAAAAUGAUUGGCAGGUUUUUUUUAAAAAAAUAUUUGUGCCCGCCUCAGUUCUUCAAACCAUCUCCAGCUCCCAAACCUAUUUCUGUCUUUUCUUUCUAAUUAUUCAGUGAGAGCAGCAGGAACAGAAAUUCUUCCUCUUGCUAUGCUUGCUCACUUCCUUUCCUGUUGUGCUAAUUAAAAAUGGGGAGUGUCUUCUGCAGAUUCAGUUGGGAUGAUUUUUGGGAGUCAGGAAGGGAAGUAGAAUUGGGAGAGGGAGAGAGGGGAAAUCAGGAAAUGCGGGCUACAAGAUGAAUAAGUAAAGUAAAAGGACUUUGAAAACAAGGUGCUUGUCUGAGGAGGCUUUCAGGCUUCAGCACCUCCACAGACCUCACAUUUUUACUGUAACCCAGUCAGAUCUUUGCCAUUUGAUUAUUGUGUGAAUCAGCAUGAACAAUCGGGCUAGAUUUGGUUGGGCAUUAUCUGGCUAAGACUAGCAUCUUUAAUAUACUGCUUGCUUUAAGGCCCCAGUCAUCUGAUUAUGAACUCAUUCUUCCCAUCUAUUUCAACAGCAGAUUAAGAACCAACUUCGUGUCCUAGGAAGACCUUGUGAGAAUUAAAUAUAAAUAGCAUAGUUUUUAUUGAGAUUUCCAUUAAAAUUAAUUUCUAUAACAAUUUAAGCAAAACACACAGAUAUAUUCUUUAUAUUACCUUUUAAACAAUAUAACAUUGAGUGUUUCUGUUCAGAACUCCAGGUACCCUGACCCAUUUCCCCUCAUUUUCCACUAUCUGUUUCAACAAAUCAGCCAGCCUGGACAUCCUUCAUUGUUGUUAUCGUUUUCCUUCCCCCAUUAUAGUAUUUUCUUUUGCACUUCUGUUUCCUUGUUGUGUAUGGGUGAUGCUUUAGUUUCAUAAGCAACAGUGUUGAUCAAAAGAAAUGGGAAGAACACUUCACCAUAAUACAAUUAUGGUGGAUGGGUGGUAGUGGAUGGGGGGGUGACAAGUGUUUUGAAAAGUAAUUACUGGGUAAUGAAGCUCCUAUUAACCCUCUGCAUAGACAAAAGCCUUGUAGUACCUUCAUUCAAGUAGAUUUGCAAUGGGUAAUCUUUUAAAUGGCACUUUUAUAAUUUUCUUUUAUUAUGAAACACUGAAAAUUAUGAGGUGCAGUCCGGUACAUACUUGUUUUCCCCCUACAACUCCAGCAAUUAUCAUUAAAAAAAGUUGAAAAAGGAGGAGAGAACCAACAGUGGAUUCUGAACAGAUUCACCCCACUCAUCCCUGAUAUAAGAGUGAAAAAGGGUGAAUUGAAAUGCAUUUCAGACCAAGAGCCCAAAGGCUGAAUUAUAAGGAAGAAAAGAUUUGUUAAAGAUUAUACUGGCUCUUUGGAGAGUAGACCCAUGCAGCUAGUCGGGAUUGUGGAAAACAAAUUUCUCAAGGAAAAGAGCAGUGAUGAAGGCAAAGACUUGUUCUCUGCUGCCCCAGAUGAUCAGACUAGAGUCCCUCAGCUAAGGAGACAGUGUAGGUAGAGGAAUGUCUUAAUGCUCAGAGCAAUUUGAGAGUGGAUCUGGGACUGCACCGGGGGGGGGGGGUCGGGAUAUUCCUUUGCUGGAAGAAACUGGACAGUAGACAGCCAUCUAUCAAGGAUGUCCUAGUGUCAGAAUCUUUGCAUUUAUGCAUUAUAAAUUUGGUUUCAAAGGGUAACAUAGAGUUAGUGCCAUUGAAAGUAGUUAUCUUGCCCCACACUCCCUUUCCCAGAAUUUAGCACAUAUCACAAUGCCACCUUUCUCUUUCUAUCAUCAACAAAACCAAAAAUCUAAUGAGUAAGAAGAUGUGAAAUACAAUAAAGUAGCAAGGGACAUUGAACUAUAUUAGACCUUAUGCAGGGGUUAAAGAAACAAAACAAUUUCUUGGUGGAGUUUUUCUGUCAUUUGCUGUUUGGACCGGUACAUUUAGCAGAAUAUGUAUUCCUGUAUAAUACAGUAUACAACUGGAGUUGUAAAUAUGAGACAAAGGUUAUGACCCCAGGAGGUUAAGCAACUUCAUUCCCAUGCUUAUUAUAAUCAUCUUUUUAUGUUACCAUGCACCCCGAGAAAUUAACUUUUUAGAACCAAAAUGCCAUAUUUCCUUGUUUUUCUGAAUGGGAGUAGGAAGAAUUUGCUAACCUCGAUGGCAGAAUACUUAUAGACCGGGAAAGAGAUUUCUGGGGGGUUUUGGGGCAGAUUUUGUGGGCUGAAUUUUCCCAUAGACUGUUCUUAAUCUUUGGAUCACUUGGGAAUGUAUAUAAUCUCUUACAACUUUGUUUCUCAGGCUAAUCUGAAAUAUAGAGUAACUGCAAAAUCAGAUGUGUUUCAGUCAAGAGAUGAAGGAUAGCAUGAGCCACCUAUUCUGACAAAUGAAAAGCAUAGCAAAACAGGAUGCUAUAUAUGUCUCCUAUGAAAGGCAACAUGUUGUGUAAUGUAAACAAUAUGGGUAUUUCUUUGGACUGAAUUUAAUAGCAGACUGCUGAUAACUUUGCAUUGUUAAUGGGUGAUAGGGCGUGUUUUUUAAGAUCAUAAAUGUCCCACCAGGAGCAGUUCUGUAUUAACACUGUGUCCCGCAGCACAGAACAAAUGUAUCUGAUUGGCAGACAGGAUAUCAGUUGAGAUAUUGUUUAGUCAAAACAUUGUCCGAUUCCAUGAUAAACCACCUCUUUGUAUUUUCUUCUUCUUUUUUUAUGGUUUUCUGAAAGCAGGUUUAGAAUGUUUUACACAUUACAACAAGAAUGUACAAUUGCAAAUGAGAGUUAAAAAAGUAAAAAAAAGUAAAAAUCUGGUUUAAAUGCAUGGCAAAGUUCUCAGCGCCACAAGUUUGGCAUGCGUCACACAGAAGCUGUGUACAGAUUCACAUGGCAUUUUCCUAAUUUUAAAUCAUGACUUAAAAAUAAAAAGAAAAGGAAAUCACUUUUUUGUUUGUAUGAAGAAUGAUGGUCAUUAACAGAUUUGUUAAUCAAAGAGAAUUCUUGGUCAUGCCAUUAAAAAGCUCGCCGGCCUUUUCA